AUGGACAACUCCCAGCAACAGCAGUCUAUUCGCUUUGCCAAGAAGCAGGUCUCUAGGAAGAGAGCGACAAAGGCCUGCCUCAAAUGUCGCAAGCGAAAGGUUAGGUGUGAUGUCACCCGCACCUCGACGCCCUGCACCAACUGUCGACUUGACGGUUGUGAAUGUGUCGUCGCUCGACGUGCAGAUGCUUUCCCAAUCUCCAACGGCCCCGAGUCAAUCACCUCAAAUGACAUCCUUCGCGAUUGCGAAGCCGUCGCGUCGGCGACAUCACCAACUUCCAGCAAUGACAACCCGCCAACUCCCAUCGAGGAGGCUUCCUCCGCCCUACAAAACCUAGAAGAAAGCGAAUACCACUCCGUACACCACCGCGAUCGAGCCGAUAUCGAGUCACCGAUUACGCCGACGCCCAACGAUCCUGUCGAAGAGAUUGAACGGCUCGAAGGAUGCAUGCCGACUGCAUUUGACACCAUGGUAUCGACCGUACCAGUCGAGGAGCCCUGCGAGCCUGUCCGAUCCCAAUUAAAAGCGCUCUACUCGUCGAUGCCGUUUUUACGAACGCUGAAUAUGCGCGAUUGCGAUUUUAAUCACCUUAAUGCGCAAGGAUGUCUACGCGUACCGUCCAAGCCGAUUCUCGACGAGUUCAUUCGACAUUAUUUCCUAUAUAUCCAUCCGUUACUACCUCUUAUAAACGAAGCCGACUUUUGGGCCGCCUAUGAUCCGAUACCCAAUAACGCGAACCCUGGCACACCCGUAUCGAUGCUUCUGCUGCAAUCAAUAAUGUUUGCGUCGUGCACGUUCGUUCCGAAAGAAUCCCUCCAAACACUCGGCUUCUCAACCAUUCUCGAAGCAAAAGAGUCCUUCUAUACUAAGGCCAAGCUACUAUACGACUUCUCGACCGACCCCGACCCCGUCUCCAUCGCACAAGCUGCUCUCCUCCUAACGUAUUGGUGUCCAACCUUCCGCUCCGGUCCCCGAAAGCCAAACAGCAGAUGGCUUCGAAUUGCCAUUCAGCACGCCAAGUCCUGCGGAGCCGACCAAUACGAAAUGCCCUCUAUCGGUCUACACGUCUCGCAGCAAGAUAUGAAACGACGAAAUAUUCUCAAACGUAUAUGGUGGUGCUGCAUUAUUCGCGACCGUAUAAUGCCAAUUUGCGUGAGGAGAAACAUCCAGAUAUCCAGCGCUCAAUUCGACUUUGCGUCAUGCUCGCCGCUAGGAUACGAUGACAUGGUGGACGAACUUGAGGCAUCGCGCGUUUAUAAUAUUGCGACCAAGCAUAAACUUAUUCUAGCUUUGGAGCGGCUGACGGAGCUGUGUGUUACCUUGACGGACAUUCUGAGCUUGGUAUAUCCCACCGAAAGUAUACCGAUAUUGGACGCCGCGGCACAUUCGACGGCUUAUGCCCAGGUGCAGGAGCAUAAGAGGUCCUUGAGAUGCUGGGCUGCUGCUACAAGACCACCUCUGGCUCUUAAGGAUCUUCCUCCUAACCCUGGACUAUAUGAAGACUCCGCGGUCCUGUUUACGAAUUUGGUCUGGAUUUAUUUCCACGCCAGCCAAGUAGCAGUCUGCAACUACGAACUUCACCUCGGCCUCGUUCUUGGUCUUCUAACACAAAACCAUACGUCCGCCCAAGAAACACAAUUCCUCAAGAACAACCGACGAGAUUUAAGAAGCGCCACGAAAAGCAUAGCAGAAUGUUUCGCUCGCCUCCAUCCACACCGAUUAACGCGCUUCCUACCGAGUAGUGCAGUAGCAUGCACAGCCCUACCACUUGCGAUGCACAUGGUCGACAUCAAAAUGUCUUCCGCCUCUUCAGCCGCCGAGAUCUGGGCUCGACCGGAUGUCGCAUCGAAACAGUCACGACUAAAUGUUCUGAUCCAAGUGUUCAGAGAACUUCACCCGAAAUACGAUGGCGUGCACUCUAUCUCCAAGACGAUUCGGUACUUCAUGGAAUGUGUUGGCGCCGGCGAACCUGCGCAACAAAUGUUGCUCACAGACAACACCGACGUACUCGCCCGAAGUCCCGCUCAAUACCUCCGACUAGCCUUGACAAUUGAUGUGUGUUUAAGCCAAGAUCGUCUUGUGCAAGAUAGCGAUUUCCCCGCUGCCCUUCGACGCUUCGUCAACAGGAACCAAAAUCUCAUGCCCAUACUCUUAGGACAGCCCAGCAUCUCGAUGCCGAUGCAAGUACAAAUAGCAAGACCAGCACCAUUGCCCCGUCCACUCUCACCGAACACCUAUGCAAAGAGCUUCUCAAGGUGGAUGGAAGAUGAUCCCACUGUUGGCUUUGCUCUACAGAUGGGCAUCGAUAUUGGCACCCCGCAGCAUGUGGUGCAAGAAGUUACUGAACGAGCGUAUUCAGAUAGCACCGAGGAGGUCGAGGAGUCAUCCCCAGUGUCUGAAGAGUCGCAGACUUACGAGAUUGCCGACAGGACGAGCACGAGUAGUGUGUCGGCGCCGGAAACCACUGAAGACUUGCUGCAGCGUCUGGAGGGUGCGGUUAAUUGGGCCCAGAAUGAUCAAGCGUUCUAUUUUGCACAGGAGAUGGGGCUGCUUUCUAAUGGUCUUGGGUUUGAUCAGCGAUAUAUGUAA